AUGAGGGUGUCCGUGCCGGGUCCGGCGGCCGGCCGCGAGCCCUCGACGCCCGGAGGCGGAGGCGCCGUCGCUGCCGCCUCAGGCGCCGCGGUGCCGGGCUCGGUGCAGUUGGCGCUGAGCAUCCUGCACGCCCUGCUCUACGCCGCGCUCUUCGCCUUUGCCUACCUGCAGCUGUGGCGGCUGCUCCUGUACCGGGAGCGGCGGCUGAGUUACCAGAGCCUCUGCCUCUUCCUCUGUCUCCUGUGGGCAGCGCUCAGGACCACCCUCUUCUCCGCCGCCUUCUCGCUCAGCGGCUCCCUGCCCCUGCUCCGGCCGCCCGCUCACCUGCACUUCUUCCCCCACUGGCUGCUCUACUGCUUCCCCUCCUGUCUCCAGUUCUCCACGCUCUGUCUCCUCAACCUCUACCUGGCGGAGGUUAUAUGUAAAGUCAGAUGUGCCACUGAACUUGACAAACACAAAAUUCUGUUGCAUUUGGGCUUUAUAUUGGCAAGCCUUCUUUUUUUAGUGGUGAACUUGACUUGUGCAAUGCUAGUCCACGGAGAUGUCCCAGAAAAUCAGUUGAAAUGGACUGUGUUUGUUCGAGCAUUAAUUAAUGAUAGCCUGUUUAUUCUUUGUGCCAUCUCUUUAGUUAGUUACAUAUGCAAAAUUACAAAAAUGUCAUCAGCAAAUGUCUACCUCGAAUCAAAGGGUAUGUCUCUGUGCCAGACUGUUGUCGUAGGCUCUGUAGUCAUUCUUCUCUACUCUUCAAGAGCAUGUUAUAAUUUGGUGGUGAUCACCAUAUCUCAGGAUACAUUAGAAAGUCCAUUUAAUUAUGGCUGGGAUAAUCUUUCAGAUAAGGCUCAUCUAGAAGACCUAAGUGGAGAAGAGUAUAUAGUAUUUGGAAUGGUCCUCUUCCUGUGGGAACAUGUACCGGCAUGGUCAGUGGUCCUCUUUUUCCGGGCGCAGAGAUUAAACCAGAAUUUGGCACCUGCUGGCAUGAUAAAUAGUCACAAUUAUAGUUCCAGAGCUUACUUUUUCGACAAUCCAAGACGAUACGAUAGUGAUGAUGACUUGCCAAGACUGGGAAGUUCAAGAGAAGGAAGUUUAUCGAAUUCGCAAGGUUUGGGCUGGUAUGGCACCAUGACCGGGUGUGGCGGCAACAGUUACACAGUCUCUCCCCACAUGAAUGGACCUGUGACAGAUAGUGCUCCUUUGCUCUUUACUUGUAGCAACUUAGAUAUGAGCAAUCACCAUAGCUUGUAUGUAACACCGCAGAACUGACAGCCCUACCACGCUGGGAUUCCUCCAUUGUUUUUCACGAACGUGUAUAUUUGAUGUGUUUAAAUUCCACCUACAUAAACAUUCCAUUAUCUGUUGCAACUGAAAACAAAGUCUGGAAAUGUGGCUGUGUUCAGCGAGGACACACUUGUUACUUUCGACUUCUUCAUAGCAAAACGAAGUUAAAUGGGAAGUUUGGAGUGGGAGAAAAGAGGGAUUUUAGAUCUUAAGACACUUGAUGGCUGCAAACAUCCUGACUUUGGAAGAGCAAAUGCAUAUUUGCAUAUUUGCACUUUUAUCUUUGUUCUGAAAGAGUACACUGCAGUCCCCAAAGUCACCCUUCAGUGCUCAAAAUGGGAUAUUAUAUUGUACACCUAAUCAGGAGGCAAUUUUCCUAUGAAAAAUCAAAGCCUGUAUAUUCAGUGGUGUAUUCUAUGUAGAAUUCUUACCCAAUAAAAAUUUUACAGUG